AUGGCGGGUGAGAAUUUGAAGCUGGGUUGUCUAUUUCUAUUUUUAUACAGUGUUUUUGCGUCAACUUGGGUGAUUCUGCAGGUCCCAGUUUCAGCGUGUUGUCCAGACCACCUAUAUUCAGCUUUCUGGAUGUCUUUCUUGGCAACUAUACAAUCAGCAAUAGUUUGUCUUGUUUUGGAGCAUGACCUACAAGUAUGGCAUCUGCAUUCAGCUCUUGAACUUGAAAGUUUAGUAUAUGCAGGAUUUUAUGCUGCUGUGUCCUUUUUCAUACAAACCUGGUGUAUAUCAGAAAAAGGUCCACUCUACGUUGCCAUGUUCAGCCCCCUAUGUACAGUUAUUACGACCAUUGUAGCUGGUCUGUUUCUACAUGAAGAAUUAUAUUUGGGAAGCUUGGUGGGAGCUAUUGCUGUGAUAAUUGGCUUAUAUGUUGUGAUAUGGGGCAAAGCCAAAGACCCCCAAAAGAUGAAACAAGAGGAAGAUUCGGAGCAGCCUUCUGAUCAGCCGAAAACGAUAGAAGUCUUCAUUGAUGACUCUUCAGAGAAGGCGAGCUGCAAAAUUGAUCUGGAAGAACCACUUCUGCCACAAAAAUUACCUUAA